AUGGCGCAGUUCCUGACUCCUGAAUUGAAGCCGCUGGAUCUGUUUGACUUUGACUCGAUGAAAGAGUUCGACCUGAAGCUGGAGAGUGAGCCCAAUCAGACCUCCCCAGAGCCCAUCGCGAAGAUCACUACUCCAACAAAAGCCAAACCCGCGGUGUCCAGCAAAAACAAAGAAGAAAAACUGCCACGACCGCCAAACUCAUGGAUCCUCUAUCGCUCAGAUAAAAUUGUCGAGAUGAAGUCCCAGCAUAAUGGGUUGGCUCAAUGUCUGCUGAGCAAGGAAAUCGCGACUAGGUGGCGUAAUGAAUCACAAGAGGUUAAAAGCGAUUAUGAGAAAAAAGCUGAAGUCAUCAAAGCGGAGCAUGCCAUCAAAUAUCCAGACUACAAGUAUAGCCCGAAGAGAAGAAAGAUGGCCGAGACGAGCAAGGACGGACAAAAGAAGCUUAUCGAACCAGUCUCUCCACUUGGAAAGCGCAAAGAAUCGAGCUCCUCAUCCGGCCCGAAGAGCUCGGUCAGUAGGUCUAGAAAACGAAAGGCUUCUGGCCCAGCUGACAAUUCGAAGGCGAAAGAUGAGAGCAAACCAACGAUAAAUGUGGAGUGUGCAACAGAUAUCAAGCCUCUUUGCGGCCCUUCCGAGGUCGACGUUUAUGGCUCAUACCCACCGAAUGUGAAUGACCGAGAGAUUCAUCCUCAGGGCCCUUUUACCGCCGGUGAUUAUCAAGAAAGUAUGUCACCUUUAAGUCAGAGAUUAUCAACACCGGUCCAUGGAGGUCUUUCCGAAAAUCCCCUUCCUGCCGUCGCCGAUCAGCAAAGCGUUCACUUUUUACCCCGACGGGAAAUCAUCCCAGUCGCUCAGUCUCAAUCGGAAUGGCUGGAUUUCAGCCGAGUGGAUCCGCAACUGCAAUAUGACAACCCAUUGACAGCUUUAUCGGGACCAAGCUCUUCACUUUGGACGACUGCUGAGCUAAGCAACACAUUACUCCCGAACAGUGCUCCUCCUGUUCUCUCUUCUUCAACCAAUCGUCAGCAGCCUGCUAGCCCGAACCCCAUGGACUUUGGAUUUUUUCCAGGCCCAAAUCAUCUCGAUUUCAGCAGAGCGGAAAACGAUUGGGUAAACUCGAAUCCACAAAAUCAAUUCUAUGGAAGCUUUCUUCGCCAGCCAUUCGAAGGGUCGACUUAUCCUAGCUUCGGUCCGGCCCAGCAAAAUCUUUUGCGGGACGAGCUUCCGGAUUCAAAUUUCUUGAAUCAAUCCAACACAUUUUUUCCUAAUUAUUCUUAUUGA